ACGAAACUAAGAUUACCUCUUCAGACCCACAAUCAACUGACCUGAAAGCAUCCUGCAAAAAGUCCAGAGGAAGAAGAGCCAUGGACUACUACAGAAAGCAUGCAGUUGUCAUUCUGGCCAUGCUGUGUGUGCUUCUGCAUAUUCUCCAUUCCUUUCCUGAUGAAGAGUUUGCAAUGCAGGUUUGUCCAGAGUGCAAGCUAAAGGAAAACAGAUACUUCUCCAGGCCGGGUGCCCCAAUUUAUCAAUGUAUGGGCUGCUGCUUCUCCAGAGCAUAUCCCACUCCAGCAAGGUCCAAGAAGACAAUGUUGGUCCCAAAGAACAUCACCUCAGAAGCCUCAUGCUGUGUGGCCAAAACAUUUACCAAGGUCAGAGUCAUGGGAAGUGUCAGAGUGGAGAACCACACAGAGUGCUACUGCAGUACUUGUUACUAUCACAAAUCUUAAAUAUUUUGUAAAGUGCCAUGUUGAUGACUGCUGAGUUCCUGGAAUGGAAAAUUAGUUUGUUCAGUGUUUAUGGCUUUGAGAGAUAAAACCCUUCUUUUCCUUACCAUACU